CUGUUGCAGAGCGGUUUUUUUUCUUAUCUUACUUAUAUUAUCAGGUGACUUCUGUGAUGUGAACCACUGUCAGAAUGGGGGCACCUGCCUGACUGGGAUUAAUGAGACCCCCUUCUUCUGCAUCUGCCCCGAGGGCUACGUUGGGAUUGACUGCAAUGAGACAGAGAAAGGCCCCUGCCACCCCAAUCCUUGCCACAACAAUGGCGAGUGCCAGCUGGUCCCGAAUCGAGGGGACGUCUUCACUGACUACAUCUGCAAGUGCCCCGCAGGGUAUGAUGGGGUGCACUGCCAGAACAGCAAGAACGAGUGCUACUCCCAGCCUUGCAAAAAUGGAGGCACCUGCCUGGAUCUGGAUGGUGACUACACCUGCAAGUGUCCUUCUCCAUUCUUGGGGAAGACCUGCAAUGUCCGCUGUGCUGUUCUCCUGGGCAUGGAAGGAGGAGCCAUCUCUGAUGCUCAGCUCUCUGCAUCCUCUGUCUACUAUGGCUUCCUUGGCCUCCAGCGCUGGGGGCCAGAGCUUGCUCGCCUCAACAACCAUGGCAUUGUCAACGCCUGGACCUCCAGCAACUAUGACAAGAGCCCCUGGAUCCAGGCCAACCUGCUGCGGAAGAUGCGGCUGAGCGGGAUCAUCACGCAAGGUGCUCGCCGCGUGGGCCAGUCGGAAUACGUCCGCGCCUACAAAGUCGCCUACAGCCUGGACGGGCGGGAGUUCACCUUCUACAAAGACGAGAAGCAGGAUGUAGACAAGGUUUUCCAGGGGAACGCGGACUACGGCAGCAUGCAGACCAACAUGUUGAACCCUCCCAUCACUGCCCAGUUCAUCCGCAUCUACCCUGUGAUGUGCCGCCGCGCCUGCACGCUGCCGGGCAAACCCAACGCCUGGACAGCGCUCCACAACGGCCAGUCCGAGUGGCUGCAGAUUGACCUCCGGGACCAGAAGAAGGUGACGGGCAUCACCCGUGCUUUGGGCCACAUCCAAUAUGUGCCAGCCUAUAAGGUAGCCUACAGCAACAACGGCACCUCCUGGACCCUCUACCGGGAUGGCCAGACCAACAGCACCAAGAUCUUCCAUGGGAACAGCGACAACUACUCGCACAAGAAGAAUGUGUUCGACGUGCCCUUCUACGCCCGCUUCGUCCGCAUCCCGGCC